AUGAUGCUGAUGACGAUGUUACCUCAAGCGGCGGCCGACGACUACACCGUCACCAUCACCAAGGUGCAGCUUACCUAUUGGUGUCAACACUUGGACUGGAAUGAUGGGGAAGAAGAGUGGGCGUGGAACGUCAUCGUCGACGGAAAGAGCAUGUGCGUGACGGGCAACAGCGACAACAACCUGCCGUGGGAGCAAGCGCUCCAGUGGGAGGCCGACUUCACGACUCAGAGCUCGCAGCUGACGAUCAAGAUCGACGCCUGGGAGAAAGACGCCGACGGCGCGAUUUGCACCUGGGCCCACGGCGACGAUCCGUCGCAGCGCGUGCAGGACGAGUUCACCUUCCCCGCGAUGAGCACGGGCCAAACACAGACCUGGUCCAGGACCAUGACCUUCCAAAACAGGGACAGCAUGCCGUGGGACGGAUACUGCAGCACCACGAUCGAAGGCAGAGUGACCAAGAUCGCAUCCAGCACUGUGUCGGAGGCAGCGCCGCGGAUCAUGGGAACACAGAUCACCCUGGUCAACAACGUGCCGAAGCUGCGCAUCACCGGCAGGGACCUCCACCCGGACCCGCAGGAGCUGCCCGUGGUGCAGAUCACCGGUGGUGGUGGUGGUGGUGAUGGUGGUGGCAGCACUGCGUGCAUCGCCAACUCUAUCCAAGCCUCCGCGGUGGAGAUCACAUGUAACUUGGUCAAGCCCGAGUCGGCCAUGGUGAGCUCUCUCGACCUGCAGGUGCAGGUGGAGACCCGGUUCGGCCUGUCGCGCACGGCCCCUACGAGCUUCGCAAAGUGCGGGCAGGAGUGCCUGCAUGGCGGCGCCUGCUGGUGGUCGAAGGACAUCUCCAACGUCGAGUGCGUGUGCCCCGAGCUCGCUUACGGAGAGUGGUGCGAAAACGAGUAUGGUGACGAUGAGCCGAUUCUGCGGUCCACGGCGCCGCUGGGAGGUGACCACACGCGCGAGACGGAGACGGUGAUCGCCCUCGUGGGCCUUGUGAUCCCCCGGGCCAACUUGUCCAUGAUGGCCAAAUGCGUGAUCUCGCACGCCACCACUGUCGAGUACGUCCUCGGCUCCCUCUCCGUCAUCGCAUCGACGGGAAACAUGAAUCAAGAUACCGACGUAUGGGAGGGUAAGGUGACGCCCUAUGACGGCCGAUUUGUGGCCCAGUCGGACUCGCUCACCAUCUCUGGCCUGUGCAUCAUGCCCGCCCACCACCUGGCGGACUACGUGCGCGCCAAUGGAACCAAGAUCAUCGGGUCGCAACUCACGGUGGCCGUCUGGUGGAAGUCCAACCCUGGUGCUGGGAACCGGUCAAUUGAGUCCAAGGUCAAGGGCACCUUCGCGCUUUACGGGCCGCUCGACAUGGCGAGCUCGAUCGUGAAGGCCGUUGGCAACGAAGCCGACGGAGGCGAGAUGCGGGUGCUGCGCGAGCAGAGCGUGCGCGUGAGCCUGUGCGACGCGGACGGGAACAACCGGGUGGGCGGCGAGGACGCCGACCUGUUCUUCCUCGACUUUUUCGACGGCCCUUCUCGCCAGCCCCAGGUGGGAGUGAACGGAGGCGUGGCCAAGCAGUUCAGAUUCUCAGCGUGCCGAGCAAAGAGCGAGCGCGACCCGACAUGCGCCUAUUACGAGUUGCCCGUGUCGUUCGACUUUGCCGGCACCUACCUGGCCCACGUGGUGGCCUUCGACGGCGCGGCCACCCAGCUCGUGCAGCUCACUCAAACGGGGCUGGCGUUCGAGGUCAAGGGCCUGGGCGACAUGACGCUGCCGGUGCGGUCCAUGUUGCCGUCGAGCAUCUCGUGGGCCGACAGUCUGCGCGAUCGCGAUGCUGCGCUUCCUCUCUUUGACAAGAACCUCGCCCAAACGGUCAUUCCUUUUCCCGCCGCCGCCGCCGCAGCCGCCGCCGCAGCGUCCCCUUACCUUCUCUGA